GGUGAUGGAAUUGAACUGUGGCACGAGCCUCGCGUGCCAAAAGACCUGACCCUGCUCGGAUUCUGCCACCGCAUUGGCGCGACGCUCGCACGGCCCCAUCUCCCGAACCCUGCUCGACGGGGCUGCGAGUCUGCACACGCAUCGAUCCCGUCCCGAGUGUGGUGACUGGACAACAGAGUGAUGGGAGUGAUGCUCGAGCAUUGGAUCCUUCGGUUGCUCUUUUGAGUGAGCAGAUUCCGUGCUCGCCAUGGAAGGAGCGAUGGCGGCUUUCCUCGCCCCGUCGCCGAAUUCUGUCGCCAUGCCCAGCAUUCUCCGAGCUGUUCCUGCUCUCGGAAUUGCGUCGUCUCAGGCCCCCAUGCGCCUGGCUCCAAUUUGCUUGGCAACAACAGUCGCCACUCCGAAGGAGAGGAGUUCCUAUUCAGCUGCUGUAUCUGCAGUUUCAUCACUCCUGGUAGAAAAUCAGGAACAGUACGAUGGAGACACUGCAAAGCGAAACUUGUAUGGUGAUCCUGGCAAGAUUUUCGUAGGCAAUCUGCCAACUCACCUCGAAAAAAGUGAUAUCAGAGAUUUCUUUCAAGUCUUCGGUUCCAUCAGAGAUGUCAUUCUCAUAAGAGAUCAUAACAAUCCUGAGAAGAAUGCAGGAUAUUGCUUUGUGUUCUUCGAAGGAUCGAGUCCACAUUCAUCUGCCGUGAAAGCCAGAGAGAUGGACGGAGCCCAGUUUCAUGGUCGCCCCUUGAGGGUAAAGUUGGAUGAUGGAAGGUGGGAAAGAGCUAGGAAAGAGGAGCGAAACGCAUGGGCACUGGGAGCCGAGGGAAAAGUUGCCCGAUCUGACUGGCAUCAGGAAAGAGAGCACCAGUCUCAGAUUUUCCGAGAGGCUUUGACCAAGAAACUGAUAAGCGCUGUUAGCGUACAGUCAGCAUUCGACAGAAUUGAGAAGCCUAAACGAGGUGAUUACUCGAUGCUGGUGACUUAUUAUGCUAAACGCGGUGAUAAACACAGUGCACGAGCGAUUUUUGAGAAGAUGCGUGCUGCACGAAUACCUCCAAAUGUCCAUGUGUAUACGAGCCUGGUGCAUGCUUAUGCGAUGGCCAAUGACAUGCGGGGAGCAGUGCUAUGUGCUGAUGAUAUGUCAGCCGAAGGCAUCCAACCCAAUGAAGCUACAUACAGUGUUAUAAUAUCCGGGUUCGCAAGAUCUAAGAACAUUAAAGCUGCAGAGUACUGGUUCAAAAAGGCACAAGUUGAUGGCCUGGCUGCAAACAUUGUGAUAUACAACAACAUCAUUGAAGCGCACUGUAAAGUUGGAAACAUGGAGAAAGCACUUGCAUUAUGGUUGGAGAUGCAGGAGCAGGGAAUGGUAUCAUCCCUGAAAAUAUUCAACGUUCUUAUGGAUGGUUACUGCCGUGCUGGUGAGGAGGAGAAGUGCCUAGCCAUUUUCAGCCAAAUCAAGAAUGCUGGGUACGAGCCAACUAUAGUGAGUUACGGAUGCCUCAUCAACCUGUAUUCGAAGCUUGGAAAGAUGGAGAAAGCUAUUGAUGUAAGCAAGCAAAUGAAGGCUGAAGGAGUACUACACAACAAGAAAACGUACACAAUGUUGAUGAAUGGUUACGUGCGGGUUGGUGACUGUGCUGGUGCUUUUGCUACUUUCGAAAGCAUGUAUUUUGAGGGAAUCAAACCAGAUGUUAUGGUCUUCAAUGCCCUCGUAAGUGCCUUCUCAAAGAACAACGAGAUGCCCGAAGCAGUGCAGAUUUUGCAGAGAAUGCAACGAGAAGGUCAUUAUCCUACUACCCAGACCUACACAAUCUUGAUAGAUGGUUACGCAAGGCACGGAAAUAUCGAGAUGGCACUGGAAACUGUACAGACAAUGAUGAAGACAGGUUGCCAACCAUCGGCUGCUACUUACAAUGCUAUUUUAAAUGGCCUCGUACAUGAGGGUCAGAUAGACAGGGCCGCUGCAAUCCUGGAGGAUAUGCUGAAAGCUGGCGUGUCACCCAACCAGCGAAGCUACACUAUAUUAAUUGAAGGAUAUGCCAAACUUGGGGACAUUGGCACAGCUUUUGAGUAUUUCAAAAGCAUCAAGAAAGCGGGAUUUAUUGUCGACGUUUUCGCUUAUAGUUCUCUCUUGAAAGCUUGCUGCAAAGCUGGUCGCAUGCAAACUGCUUUCGCUGUGAUUCAAGAAAUGAAGGCUGCGGGGAUAGAAAGCAACACUUACAUCUACAACAUUCUUCUUGACGGGUGGGCUCAAAGGGGUGAUAUUUGGGAAGCAGCAGAUCUGAUGCAACAGAUGCGGCGGAGUGGUCUCACUCCCGACAUUCACACCUACACGUCCUUCGUGAAUGCCUGCUGUAAAGCUGGAGACAUGGUGAGGGCAGUGGAAGCUGUUGAAGAGAUGAAGCGAAUGAGUCUAGAGCCUAACCUUCAGACUUAUACUACUCUUAUUCACGGAUGGUCUUCAGCAGCUUAUCCGGAAAAAGCUCUGGCAGCAUUUGAAGAGAUGAAGAGGCAAGGAGUGAAGCCUGAUCAGGCUGUUUAUCAUUGCUUGGUAACGUCUUUGCUUUCAAGAGCAGCUGUCGCAAGAGAUACAGUAAUCGAGGGGAUUAUAAGCGUGACUUCAGAAAUGGUUACAUUGGGUUAUCUUGUAGAUUCAUGUACUGCCGAGUAUUGGCAAAGUUUUCUACGCAGUGCUGAGAAGAUUCCUGGUCCGUUGACAGAAGCAGUCGAAAGAACAUUUCAUUCAUAGUAUUUCUCAUCCUUUUUCUGAAUGGACGCGAGGGAACGAUGAAAUGAUUCGGAGGCUUGAUAGUUGCCGGGCAACUAUCAAGCGGUUAUGCGUCUGAUAGUCUUACAAGCGUCUAUACCAACAGGCGCCGGACGAGAAGAACACAAUCCAUUUUUCAGUGCACACCAUAUGAUGGACUUUCUCCUUGCUGGUUCAUUCUUCCACUAGGUGAAAACAAAUUGGGAGAUUAUUCAGAAGGCAAUUCCUUUAAGAGUUGCAGUAAAAUUUCUCCCAAUUCCAGUUAAUACUAGUAAAUCCACCAAAUUUUCUACGUGGCCCCACGGUGGGAGAAGACACGGAUUGAUAGAUAGAGAGGAAUGAUUCCUUUUCUUCUAGUUAAUGUGGUAACCCAGCAUUUCUUUGUACCUUAACCAUAGAGUACAAAAAUGGGCGGAAGACAAAUAUGAAAUACUUCACAAGCUAGAAGGUAAGCAGUCGAUCAUAUGUGUUCGUCUACCCAAAGAUGCAAGUCUUAGGAUGUAGUACCAAUUUCGUUUCCUGUGACACUAGUUGAACUUCCAGAGACCUGUACAAUAGACGAGAAAGGGCUGGUUAGGAUCUUAUUAGAGAGGAGAUAGCUGUACAGUUCGACUACAAGAUAGCAAUCGUGUUCACGGAGGACAUAGUUGUAGGCCCUUAUUCACGCAGAUGAUUCGUGGAGUGGUCUCCACCAACAGACCAUGUCGAAACUCUCAUAAUCGCCGAUUUGCUUCGAAUUAUUCUUUCCAAUGUGCAGUCUCCGUGUCAGGAGACACGAAUAAUCAUAAUCGC